GUAAAUAGAUCACAUUCAAAGGGCACAUGCAACAAUCCAUCCUCCUUUACAUGCAUUGACUCGGGAACUCCGCUCCCUUUCUGUUCUCUCUGCCUCUCUCUCUCUCUCUCUCUCUCUCUCUCUCUCUCUCUCAUGUCCGAUUCAAUUCCAUAUUCGAUGCAUGAAUUGAAUUCGGGUCUCAGACAUGGCGAAUCUCAUCUAGACUUUCCCAUUUUCAAAGUAUAUUGCAGAAGACGCCAAAUAUAGUGUUCAGGCACGCGAGAAUCCUGCUUUCACCCACUCGAUCGAUCCAAUUUUUGCCUCUUCAGGUAAAAAAUUUCGAAUCUACAGAAGCUCCACUGUUCUAGGGUUUCUCUUGCAGUGAAUGCGUCCAUCUUUAUAUGCCAUCGGAAUUGUAGUUGAUUUUAGGGUUUACAAAUCGGUGUGGUUUUUACCCCUCGGGAUUUGGGCAAAGCUUGAUUUUUGACAUGAAGAUCGAAGAAGUGGUGGAUGUUGAGAGAGACAGUGCGGUAUGCGAGCAUGGAAAACAAAUGGUCCGAGUCGAUGCGAAGAGGGCGUUAGUUGGAGCGGGAGCUCGGAUCCUGUUCUAUCCGACCCUUUUGUAUAAUGUGUUUCGGAACAAGAUUCAAGCUGAGUUCAGAUGGUGGGACGAGAUCGACCAGUUUCUUCUGCUGGGUGCAGUUCCAUUCCCUAAAGACGUUCCACGGUUGAAGCAGCUUGGUGUUGGUGGCGUCAUCACUCUAAAUGAGCCAUAUGAAACUUUGGUUCCAACAUCUCUGUACCUAGCUAAUGGGAUAGACCACCUUGUCAUUCCCACAAGAGAUUACCUUUUUGCACCAUCAUUUGUGGAUAUUAGUCAAGCUGUAGACUUCAUCCACAAAAAUGCAUCCUGUGGUAGAACUACUUAUGUUCACUGUAAAGCAGGGCGGGGCAGGAGCACAACAAUUGUGCUUUGCUAUUUGGUGCAGUAUAAGCAGAUGACACCUGCUGCUGCCCUGGAAUAUGUGCGGUCCAGAAGGCCUCGGGUGCUCUUGGCCCCUUCCCAGUGGAAGGCAGUUCAAGAAUUCAACAGGCGACAGCCAACUAGUACUGCAUGCUCACCCUCAGGGGAUGCAGUCCUGAUAACCAAAGCCGACCUUGAAGGGUAUCAUGGCACUAGCGAUGAUUAUGUAGGUCAGCUGGCGAUUGUACCCCGUACAGCUAGGGCUCGACCAAUGAUGGCUAGGUUGUCCUGCCUCUUUGCAUCUUUGAAAGUUACUGGUGGUUGUGGACCCAUUGCUAGGCUGCUUCCGGAGGCACGUGCUUGCUAAGCACCCUCAUUUGCAGUUAUGUGGCAGUUGCUUGUGCAGAAAAUAACAUCAGGAAAUAAGGGUCAAUGGGUAUUAAUUUUUUGUUUGCUUUCGGAAACAUUGUUUUUAAGAGAGGGAAAAUGGAUGAACUGGUAAAGAUUGAAAAAAGAAAAUGUAGAGCUUUUCAGUGUUUGUAUAAACACUUGAUGGGUCAGAAUGAUAUACGGUUCUACUU